UCGGGAGCCCCGGGCCGGGGGUACGGGGAGGCGGCGGGUUGGGGAGAACGAGAACGUUCGUAUUGGCGGGCGCUGCGGAGGAAGGUGCUGGGACCUCCCGUCCCGCCUUUCGCUUCCCCUUGCCAGGUGGGAGCCCCGGUGUUGCGCGCCGCCGCCGCAGCCGUAGCCCCGGAACGGCUGGGCGGACCCGAAUUGCGGGAACUGGCGGCGGCGUUGGCGGCCGGGCUGAGGCGGGAGCCGUGCCUGGGGUUAAGCGCCCCGCAGCUGGGCGUGCCGUUGCGGGUCUUCGCCGCCGAGCUCACCCCGGCCCGCUGCCUCCAGUACCCGCCGGCCCUGCGCCGCGCCCAGGGCAUCGAGCCCUUCCCGUUCCGCCUGCUCGUCAACCCCGCGCUCCGCGUCCUCGACGCCCGCCUCGUCACCGCUCCCGAGGGCUGCGCCAGCCUCAAGGGCUUCUCCGCCUACGUCCCACGCCACUGGGCCGUCCACGUCUCUGGCGUGGACGAGCGCGGGGAGCCAGUGAGCUGGGAGGCGAAGGGCUGGGCGGCCCGCAUCGUCCAGCACGAGAUGGACCACCUGGAUGGCAUCCUCUACGUUGACCGGAUGGACAGCCGCACCUUCACCAACGUCAGCUGGAUGGAGCUCCUGGACUGAGGCCCGCCGUGCUGGCAGGCAGGUGCCCGGCCGCACUGGUUGUCCCAGUACCUCGUCUCGCCGGAUUGGAACUGCAGUGACUUCUCCAGUGCGGAGCUGUGGCCCCGCGGGAGGUGGGGGGGCUCUCGCUCGGCUGUACCGCAGGCAAUACACACUGUGAGGGCUCAGCGCGGCUCCUGGCUGUU